AUGCCCGGCUCGUUGCGGGACCGUCACCGUGACACGGAGGAUAACGGAAACGACAACAACGACAGCAACGACAGCAACAUCGAGCACAUCAUUCGCAGAGUGCUCGCCCUGGCCCUGCACAAGUUUGACAACGGGGGCGACACAAAUCGAGAAAGCAGCCGAGACAAUCGACCGCCAGCCGACCGCGGCGCCAGCGACAACGACCUCGCCAAACUCGUGCUCGGCCAGGUGGUCCAGUUUGGCAUCCGGCGAUACCUCAAAAGCCGCGAAAAGAAGCGGGCCACGGCAGCCAAAGCCACGUCCAAGGCGAACAUGAGGAUACCGAGAUUCAGCCUGCCCGGGGCGCAGCCCGAACCACCACCCGGGCCCGUGCCGACCGAGAGAGGACUUGCCGAGAGAGGACUGCGUGAGGGCAACCUCGAGAGAGGGCCAGACCAAUACUAUCCUCCACCACAACAGCAGCGAUCUCCAUAUCUUCCCCCACCGCACCAACAGCACCGCCUCCGCGACGACUUGGAAGACCGCCGGUAUGAACGCCGCGAGCGGUAUGAACGGCGACUCGAGCGGGAGCGUCUGGAACAGCUGGAGCGCGAGCGGCUGCGAGGGGGUGACCAUCCUGGUCGUUCGGACGGGAUGCAUCAGACACGGCAUCCUCACCAGUCGCCCUCAGAUCGCGCCCCAUCCUCUGAACAGCCACGGCUGCGACGGGUUCCACGGACGCCUCUUCCAAAGAGCUAUCCGACGUCGUCAUUUCCAGAGGCAAGAGAGCCUAUGCGAGAUUGGGGUGAACAGAGGGAAGAGCAGCAGCAGCAGCAGCAGCAGCAGCCGCAACCAUCGCCACCAUCACAGCCCCCGCGAGACGUUGCCCGCGAGCAGAGGGCGUACCAGAGACGGCAAGAGUCAUUUGGUGCGACGCCGCGACCGUUUCCCGAAGAUCUGCUUGGAAACGGUCCCGGCCGCGGCCGAUACAGAUACGCGAGAAUGCCAUCACAAGUAGACGACGACACCGUCCCGCACCCACACCCGCACCCGCCACCUCCGCCACCUCCGCCACCCCCCUUUUCCUGGGAGUCGGUGCCCAUCUACCCGCCCGUCCCGAGGGAGGCCCAGAGGGAGACCAAAAGAGAAGCGCCCAACGAGUCCCGCAGGCCAGCAGCCGCCCGCCCCGCCGACCUGCCCACGCCGCCCAUCUCGCCCCAAAAGACACCGGCCGCCACCGACAGGCACGCGGCGCCCGCCGACGUCCACGCCCACGUGCGCCGUGCGCUCGACGACCUGCUGGUGCAGCUCCGCCGGACAGACAGCGUCGUCUACCGCGCCAUGUACCGGCCGCCCGUCGUCGGGGACCACCGCCAUCGCCACAGCCACGCGCGGGGCCAGUUCCUCUUUCACGCAGCCGACCUGCAGCGGUCGAUUGCCCAAACCAAGGCCGAGAUACGGGGGCUGCAGGGAGUCCUGGGCAUGGAGAGCAGAGACGGGCCAGAAAGGGACGGACGAGAAGGGGACGAACCCGACGGAAGACGAGAGGGGCGAGACAGGGGGAAAGAGGCGAGAAGAGGACGGGAGAAGGGGAGAGAAGGGACGAGAGAAGCAGGUGGCUAUGCAAAUGCCCGGUGA